CGAAAGUGAAGCGGUGUCUCUCGAAGACCAUGCCGCUGGGCCUCUGAUCCCGCACGACUUUCACAAGUAUGAUGCUUCGAGAUCACGACGCUCGCCGAUGUAACUCGACCUUCCCUCGCGCGUGGACGGGAGCUUUCGUCCUCGGACAAAUCUGCGAAACGGAUCACCAGGGCUGGCGGUCUAGCCGGCACCCAUUUGCCGCUUGCCCGUUUCCGGGUCGGUCAAAGAAGGCUGGAACUCACCAUCCCGAACCGGAGACAUAUGGUGUGGGGGGUGUUCUUCGGCACAUGUGCCAUGCCAUCUCUUACGGCGUAGACCAUCUCGGCGCCUUUCAUCGACCAUCUCGGCAUCUUUCGUCGAAUUCUGAACCGGGCCAAGCCUGCAGCCUCCUCCCAUCCGGGAAUGCUGUCCCCUCGCAGUUGCUCUUUUACCAAUCUCCGUGGAAAAAGGGCUGGAACGCUACGAUACGAUUGACCUCGUGCAGCAAGGAGCCAUCACGCAUCCGGACUCUGAAUUCUUUCUCCUUGAACUGUCCCGGCCAAGUCCGGGGUUCUGGUCGCCUCAUCGAAUCUUCUGAAUGCCAUGAAUGCUCGGCUUGUCUGCACGAUUCAUAGGCGGGAAGUUGAUGCCACGCGCAGCUGCCUAUGCCGCUCCUCUGGAAACUGAAGAAUGAGUCGA